AUGAGUAAAACAAUUCCACAACCUCCAGAAACAUUUCUUAUUGGUAAUUUAAAAGAUGUUGAUGCAGAUCAUUUUUUGGAAUCAUUACAACGACUUCAAAAACUUUAUGGUGAAAUUUUUCGAAUAAAUAUUCUUGGACAAAGUAUUAUAGUUGUUGCUAGUCAAGAAUUGGUUAAUUUUGUAUGUGAUGAAAAUAAAUUUGAUAAAAAAGUUAGUGUAGCUCUACAAGAACUAAGAGCAUUAAUCGGUGAUGGACUUUUUAGUGCACAUACAUCAGAACCAAAUUGGAAACUUGCUCAUAAAAUUUUAAUGCCUGCUUUUGGACCACAAGCAAUUCGAGAUAUGUUUCCAGCUAUGAUGGAUAUAUCUUCUCAACUUAUUCUUCGAUGGGAACGUUUUUCUGGUGAAGAAAUUGAUGUUUGUGAUAAUUUUACUCGUUUGGCUUUGGAUACAAUUGCUUUAUGUAGUUUUAAUUAUCGAUUUAAUAGUUUUUAUCAAAACAAAAUGCAUCAUUUCGUUGAUGCUAUGGUUAAUGUUCUUGUUGAAAGUGGUAGACGUUCACAACGAUUAUCAUUACAAAAUACAUUAAUGAUUAAUAAAGCACGACAAUACAAGGAUGAUAUAUCAUAUUGCCAUAAAUUAUGUGAUGAAAUUGUUCAAGAACGACGUAAAAAUCCAAAUGAUGUUAAUGAUUUACUUAAUCGUAUGAUUAAUGGAAAAGAUCCUGAUACUGGUUAUCAAUUAUCUGAUGAAAAUAUUCGUUAUCAAAUGGUUACAUUUUUAAUUGCUGGACAUGAAACAACUUCAGGACUUCUUUCAUUUACAUUUUAUUAUCUUCUAAAAAAUCCACAUGUCUUACAAAAAGCACAAGCAGAAAUUGAUCAAUAUGAUGAAAUUACAGUUCAUACAUUAAAUAAAUUAAAAUAUAUUGAUGCUAUAUUAAAAGAAACACUUCGAUUACAAGCUACAGCACCAGGAUUCAGUUUACAAACAAAAGAAGAUGCAACUACUUUACCUGGUGGUUAUGAAGUUAAUAAAGAUGACAUUAUUUUAGUUCUCUUAGCUCAAUUACAUCGUGAUCCAAAAGUAUGGGAUCAACCCAAUGAAUUUAUUCCAGAACGAAUGUUAAAUGGUGGAUAUGAAAAUCUUCCACCAAACUCAUGGAAACCAUUCGGUAAUGGUCAACGUGGUUGUAUUGGUCGACCAUUUGCAUGGCAAGAAAGUCUUCUUGCUGUUGCACUUAUACUUAAACAUUUUACUAUUGAAUUUGUUGAUCCAUCCUAUGAUCUUCGUGUUAAACAAACAUUAACAAUCAAACCAGAUGGUUUUAAAAUACGAGUUCGACCACGUCGAUCAGUUAAUAUUUCAUUAGCACCACAUGUUAAACAAUCAGAAAAACUUCCUGAACAAAUAUCAAAAACAAUUAUAAAUAAAAAUACGAAUCUUCAAUCAAUGACUAUUCUUUAUGGUAGUAAUUCUGGUUCAUGUGAAUCAUUUGCAGGAACUUUAGCAUCUGAAGCACCACUCUAUGGUUAUAAUGCAACAGUAGCUACACUUGAUUCCGCUGUUCAAUCUCUUCCAAAUGAUCAACCUAUUAUUAUAAUUACAGCAACAUACGAAGGUAGACCAUGUGAUAAUGCAAAACAAUUUGUUGCUUAUCUUGAAUCAAAACCAAAAUUAGAAAUCAAUUAUGCUGUAUUUGGCGCUGGUCAUCAUGAUUGGGUAAAUACAUAUCAAAAGAUUCCGACUUAUAUUGAUGAAUUAAUUGAAAAAGCUGGUGGUAAAAGACUUAUUGAACGUGGUGCUGGUGAUGCUGCUGGUGAUUUUUAUGGUGCAUUUGAAAGUUGGAAAGAAAAUCUUUUUAAAAUUUUACGAAAAGAUACAAAUGAUGAACAACAUGUUAUUAGUGAAGAAAAACUUUCUAUUGAAUUUGUUAAUUCAACACGACAAUUUGGACAAAUAACAGAUUUUGGAAUUGUUUUACAAAAUAAAAUCCUAGUUCAAGCAAGUGAAAUUGAUCCUAUGAAACGACAUCUUGAAAUUAAACUUCCAAAAGGACAAACAUAUCGUUCGGGAGAUUAUCUUGCUGUAUUACCAACAAAUCCAACUGAAAUGGUUGAUCGUGUACUUAAACGAUUUAAUUUAUCGAAUGAUACUCAUAUUAAAAUAGUUUCAUCUACAGAUACAUUUUUUCCAACAAAUUAUCCAGUUAAUGUAGUAAAUAUUUUAAGUGGUUAUGUUGAAUUAGCUCAACCAAUUAGUAAAAAACAACUUGAAACACUUGCUGAUCUAUGUCAUAAUGAAGAAGAAAAAAUUAAAAUUUUAAAACUUACUGGAGAUAUUUAUGAAAAAGAAAUUCUUGAUAAACGUAUUCAUAUCUUAGAUAUUCUUGAAUUAUAUUCAUCAUGUGAACUUACAUUUGCACAAUAUUUACGUAUGCUUCCAUCACUUCGUAUUCGUCAAUAUAGUAUUUCUUCGUCGCCUUUAUGGAAUGCUGAAGUUGUAACAUUAACAAUUGAUAUUCUUACUGCUCCAGCAUUGAGUGGACUUGGACAACAUUAUGGUGUUGCAUCGAAUUAUCUUGCAAAUCUUAGAGAAGGUGAUCAUAUUAGUUGUAGUGUUCGAGCAAGUAAUGUGAAAUUUCAUCCACCAGAAGAUACAAAAGUACCAAUUGUUAUGAUUGCUGCUGGAACUGGUAUUGCACCAUUUCGUGGUUUUAUUCAAGAACGAGCAGCACAAUACGUUUGUGGAAGAGAUAUUGGACCUACAAUUCUUUAUUAUGGUUGUCGAUUAGAUAAUGAUUUCUUAUAUUCCAGUGAACUUGAUAAAUGGAAAUAA